AUGGUCCAGCUGGACACCAGAUCCGAGACGCGGCGCUGGCUCUUGCUGCUAGGUGCUGCAGUGACCUUCGUGGUGUUUGCCCCUCGCGGGCUGCUGGUCGGGCUGACGGUGCUAGCCUUGCUUGGAGCACGCGUCCCACAGCGGCUGCUGCAGAGACUGAGCCGGGUGAAGGAGUCGCUGAGCCCGCGGUCCUCUGAGCAAGAAGCCGCUUCGCCGCGGACGCCUUUGGCAACUGCAGAUGGGGAUUGGGGGCCCGCGCUGGUAUUGGUCUUCGAGGCAAAGAACUCUUUGACUGGCAUCCAGCAGCUGCGCAUCCGACCAGGGGAUGGUGCAAGAUCCUGGUCCUUGGAGGACCUCCCCCUCUCAGAUCAUCCUGCACACUCUCCAGCCUUCUUGCCGGAGGCUGUUGCAGAUGCGCUUGAGCGGAUGACAUGGAAGCCGGCGCAGCAGCUGCCGUGCAGUGAGAUGCUGAAGAGGCUUACUGAUGCCGGUUUGGAAUAUCGCCUCGGCGCCUCUUCUGGUGGCGAUUACAUCUUCUGCAGCGUCCGCCUCCCUGAGGCCACCGUGAAGGCGAAUCUCAGCUUCUAUCACUUGUACUUGGAGCUCCAUCCGGAUCGCUCCAGGACAUAUGCUGCAGAGCUGGGCAUGCCUUUGGCGGUGUGCACGCGGGGUGGAGCGUUCCCCGAAGCACGCCAAUCCACAGAGUCCUUCGACUCGCGUGCAGCCGAGGCAGACUUCGCAGUGCACGAAGGGUUGCCAGACGACAUCUGGGAGGACUUGCAUGUGCGCUUCUAUCCCAACAUUCCCAGCCGGGUGUUUCGACAUGUGCCCCUGGUGCAUGGCAAGGACGGAGUUGCCUCACAGCCGUGCUCGCCUGCCAACGAGGUCAAUUUGCCUACGCUGCUACUGCCUUCAGAGCGACUACGCCUGCUGUUGAGCCUGGUGGCCGACGACAUGCCAGGUGCGACUGGCGAGAUGGGAGCGGGAUUCAAGCUCGACCAGUGGAAGCGGCCAAAGCUGUGCAAUUGCCUGCUCCGGACUUGUCGCAACUUCGGUGCACGACGCUACGCGGCGACCACUGCAGAUUUGAUGGACAAUCUCCGCCAGGUGCCUUCAGCCUUCUCGCACUACUUUCUCAUGCAGGACCCCCGGGACGGCGCGUUCUCGGGGCUCCGCUUCAAGUUCGGCUUGCCGAGCUCGCCUCUGUUUCGGAGCGGCCUGCUCUCCGGUGUUGUCGACAAGAGCCUUCCCAGUCUGCUGCAGCACUUCUUCGGCCAGCAAAUCGGCUUCUACUUUGCCUUUCUGCAGCACCUCUUCAGUUACGGUUUCGCUUUGACCGUCUUGCUGGCUCCGCUGCUGGCAGUCUACAGCGUGGACUGGGCGCAGCACGUCGUGCAUGCGGUGAACACGCAGGAGAAGUUGAAGCCUUUCCUACUGGUCGACGAAUUUGCAGCCGAGUUGGACUCGGAGGCAGCCAAGAGGCGCUGGCCUUUGUGGUCUCUGAUGGUCGGGCUGACGACCACAAUAUGGGGUCAAUGUGUCAUCGAGUCGUGGCACCGGCAGGAGCAGCGCUACGCCCUCCGCUGGGGAUCCUGGAAGGCGCUUCAGACCCAUCGAGCGCCAAGACCAGCUUUUCGUGGGCGGCUGGCGCUGAGCCGGGUGGAUGGCCGGUUGGUGCAGCUUCAUCACGACAGGAGGCUGUUUCAAGCGCGUGUUAUCGCCGUGAAUCUCUGCUUUCUGGCACUCUGGGUCAUGGUCUUCCUGAGCUUCUACAUCAUCCGCACAAGCCACGUCCAGGUUGCAACCGAGAACUACGCCUCCAUGGGAGCGAUGUUCUCUGUUGUAAGUGUGCUGCUGUAUCACCUGUUCCGUGUUGUCGCCCACAUCCUGACAGACGCGGAGAACCACCGAGAGGAGGAUUCUUGGGAGACGUCGAUCCUGAUGAAGAAGUGGGCGCUGACGGUGAUUGUCCAAUGUUCCGCGACCAUGCAUUUGCUCUUCAUCCGGCCCUGGCUUUGGCCGUGUGCAUAUGGCAGUCCCGACAUCCGGCAUCGCCUCGGCAUCGAGAGCUGCGCCUUUUGGGACAAGGAUUGUUGUGAUGUCGAGCUCCACAGUGGCGGACAGGUCCUCCUGAGCUUCGCGCAGCUGCGAAGGGAAGCGGUGGUGCGACACGCCAGGCAAUUCGUGGCUGGGUGGCUCGUCUCCAAGAUUUUCACCCACAACCUGCUGAAAUGGAUAGUCCCUCGACUGUUCGGCUUCCUUUGCAACAGAGGUCUGUAUCCACUGCUGGCAGUGGACUUUGCUGAGGAUGUGCUGACGGACCUCGCCAUGUCAGACACUGAGCUGGGCCGCCGUAGAGUCGGUCGCAGUCGGUUGCGGCGCUGCUUGGCAUCGCUUUGUGCACGGCGCGCUCCUCUCUUGAAGAGGUGGCAGCGUAGUGCCACGGAUUUGCCAGGCGAUGCAGGACCCUCCAACUUGCCGAAAGAACUUACUGCAGCCUGCGAGUGCCAGCUGGACAAGCAGGAGCCAUGGGACGUGCUGGACACAGCGACGGACCUCUCUGUUCACUUUUUGGUGACGUCUUUGACAACUGUGAUCUACCCGUUUGCGCCACUUUUGUUCUUGGCGCAUCUGGUGGUGGAGUUCCAAGUGGAUUUGUUUCAGCUUUUGGACCGCCGGCAGCCGAAACCUCGCUUCGCGAAGGGUCUCCCGCGGGCCUGGCUUUCAAUUUUCCAGUCCUAUGUGUACAUUGGUGCGUUGUCGAACCUGGCAAUUGUGACCUGGAGAACCACUCUAGUAGAGGAUUGGCUCGGCCGUGAACCCGGAGUGCAUGUCGCGUUUUUCAGCACGGCCAUGCUUCUGCUAGUCUUUGUGCUGGGGAUGGUGCAUUUGGUCACCCCGGCUACUCCGACCGACGUCAUCGAGCACCUUCAGCGCGAGCGGGAGGUCUCCAAGAUUCCGCAAGAGCAUGACAUCCGAGAUGCUUCUUGCGUGACGUCGAGGCGUUCUUCAUUGGCCAUGCGUCGAACCGCGAGGGCGCAGAGGGACAAAAUCAGCGCAUGGUCCAGGGCAGUAGUCGCAAUGAAGAGCGUGGUGCUCGUGGAAGCUGCUUGCAACAGACGGCGAUCAGAAUAG